GGCCUUAGGAUGUACUUGGUACUUCAUGAUUGAUUUCAUGAGGUGGUCCUUCGAGACAUAUUGUCGAACGCAUCCAGGAGCAAGCGUCGGCUCAUGGCUGGUCGACACAGCAUUGUUUGAACAAGCCUGGAGCAUCGUCACCAAGGAUUCGACUGCUUGGUGGUGGAGCAGCUGGAUAUGUACUUGGACAGUGGUCUACACAGCCGUCAUAUGGUUCGAGAGCUCUCGCCGAGGAAUUAAGUACAGGUGGGCGUACAUGGUUCUGGGUCAACUCGUGGCCAUCUCCGUAUCGACCUCUCUAUUUCUCACUGCUUUGGUCUUACACCCGCCAACAUAUGUCAUACGACCCAGCUAUCACCUGCAACUCUUGCUGCCGCUCGUCAUGGCAAUGGUCUGCAUAUUGUGCCUGCCAAAGACGAUUGACACCAAACAGUUCAUGCCUGUCCUCGUUACCCUGCAUCUCUUACUCCUCGCUCCGUUCGCGUCGUCACCACGACUCGACUUGCCGUCGAAGAAGGGAUCCGGCAGACCCUCAGGAUCCAGGAUGGUCUAUAUCGAGCUCGCUCUCCUGGCCAGCGUCAUUCACCAGCUCAACACCAGGCAGCUCCUCGCCUCUAUACCUCACAGCGGGUCGAACUUUCGGUCACUAUGCAGCAAGAUGCUUUCACAUCCCGCUCAGGCAUCAAUCUCUUUUGAUGUCGUGUGGGUUUUUGUCGUCCUGCUCGUGUGGGCGUUGACGACUGGCUCAACUACUUCCAUCCUCCUCAAAGCCAUACUGGCAGGAGCCGCCGCGACUCUCGGUAUAAUCUCUUACGCAGGUAUCAGCUGGACCUUGAUUCUCAGCACCCUGCCCAUCGUUCUGCUCGCUCUAGUUGGAGUGACCAUGUUCGGCCUGUCAAGAGUCAGGACACGCAACACGAGACGCCGAGCCGAACUCCUAGCCAAGAUGGGCCUGGAAGAAAACGUGAUCGUCCCAGGUACAGCCAAUAGCCCUCCACGAAAGAUUGGAAAGCAGACGAUCAUAGGCUUUUGGCAUCCGUAUUGUAACUCUGGAGGCGGUGGAGAACGAGUCUUAUGGACCGCUAUCAUGCACUUGCAGAGGCUACACAAGGAGACGGUAGUGCUGGUGUACACGGGUGAUUACCCAGCCGCGUCAAAGGAGGCCAUUUUGGCGAAGAUUGACGACCGCUUCUCAAUCAAGCUCCACCCGCAGUACCUACAAUUCAUCCCGCUUCCAUCUCGUCACCUUGUCGACGAUUCAUACUGGAAACGUUUCACGCUUCUCGGGCAAUCAUUCGGUAGUAUCUGCCUAGCUUGGCAGGGACUUUGCGGUCCCCAUGGAUUGUGGGGCGACAUAUUUCUCGACUCAAUGGGUUACGCCUUUACGUGGCCUUUCGUUCGAUUCAUCUGCGGUUCAGAGAUCGCCAUUGGAGCAUACGUACAUUACCCUACCGUCAGCUCUGACAUGGUCAAGCGGGUUCGCGAACGCUCGUUCGGGAUCGAAAAUGCCGGGGCAUCGGGAUCAUGGUACAAGACUCAAAUUAAGCUAAUAUACUACCAUAUCCUCACCUCACUUUACGCAACUGCCCUCUUGUUCUCCCAGUACACCAUGGCCAACUCAUCCUGGACUUCGGCUCACAUCACCUCUCUCGUUUCCGAGGCUCGACGAGGCUGGUUGAGUUCAUUACUUCUCAUGGACGACAAGGCGAUCGCCAUCCAUGGCGACAAGCCCACUGGCGUCAAGACUGUGUAUCCUCCGUGCGAUACCACUGCUCUCAGUUCCCUCGGCCGAUUGGAUCACCGCAAGCGCGAGCUGUUCUCUUUGGCUCAGUUCAGGCCAGAAAAAGACCACGCCAAGCAGAUCCAGGCUCUCGCAAAGCUGUUCGAAAGCCAUCCAGAGCACCGCGAUGGAGACCAACGCGUCACUCUCACAUUGGCGGGAGGAGCGCGACAUCCAGCUGAUGAAGCGAGAGUAGACCAAUUGAAAGAUCUCGCUCGAACACUUGCUGUAGACGCCAAUGUCACUUUCCUUCUCAACGCGCCGUACCCGGAGAUCGUACGUCGUUUAGGAGAGGCUAGCAUAGGGUUGAACACGAUGCAAGACGAGCAUUUCGGGAUCAAUGUGGUUGAAUUCAUGGCAGCAGGUCUGAUCCCGAUCGUUCAUGCUUCUGCUGGUCCGUUGUUGGACAUUGUAGUGCCUUUCAACGGUCAACGGACAGGUUUCCACGCAAAGACAGCGGACGAGUUUGCGUCCCAGAUCCACGAAGCUCUUUCUCUCUCCACCACUCAACAAGGCAAGAUUCGUCGUGCUGCUCGAGCAGCUGCUGAACAGCGAUUCUCGGAGAGGGAGUUCAACAAAGGGUUUGAGAAAGGCUACAUCGAGCUGUUGCGCAUGAUCGGUGGGCAGUCCUUACUCGAGUCAUAGACAGAUGGGAACCAGGCAUGUAUGAUGACACAUCUGAAAAGUAGGGCCUCGUCGUGUGAAACUGACCUGUACAACCCCAGCCAGUGCCUACGUCAGUGUAUUCCUUUUCUCGCCACUCAACGCCACACUAUGUCAUCGCCGGGAUGGCAGACUUUUUCUCGGUGGGAUCCUGUCUCGGACAAAGCCAGGGAAGCGGUGUUGGUAUGUUCAUGCAUAGAUCCAGUGGGAGAUCUCAAAGAGUGUGGCGUGGUCUGGCAUAAAUCCUGUAAUCGCGAAGAGGAGAGACAGCUGGGUCCUUGGAACGCGGUGUAGGCAAGGAAUCAAGGAGCAAAAGAUGAUAUUUUGAGUGCGGGUAUCGCCUCAGCGGAUCGAUGCGAAAGGGG